GAUUUAAGGACCUCAUUUAUUCAGUAGCUUCUUUUCAGUUUUAGUCUGUUUAAAAACUGGCGUGUGUGUUGUAAUUGUGGUGAGGAAGUCUUCCUGUUUCAUCUUGCCGGCCACCUGGUCACUCUCCUCUUGAUUGGGGGGAACGUUGAUCAUCAGAUCCCUGAUCACAGCGCAAAAGUAACCACUUCACAGCCCACGAAUGGCUGGAUGCAUGACUGAUCCCUUCUCAUAAAAAUGGCCUAAAGGUCCCUUUCUCUAUUGCUAUGACCACUGAAAUAUAUAAACCAUGCCCUGGAUGUUCCUCUCCUAGAGUUUAGCCACCUGGUCUCUUGUGUUUGCGUCACUGUGCUGUGGUGAGUUGGUCAACUAACUACACCGCCAGCCUGCGAAGCAAAUCGCGUUUCUCACCUCAUUCUUUUCUCUCUGACCUCUUUCAUUCUUCCUGAGGUUUUCUCCCUUUCACAUCCUCCACGAGUCUACCAUGGCCUUUCGCGUUCCCAACCAAGUCCGUCAGAGACAGCCCUCUUUCCAGAAUGUCUCUCCUCGUCCUGCGCCCCCCGCCAUCAAUGUCACCCCCUCAAACCACAACCCACGUGAGGAGGAAUCCCAAGAAUGGGUGCUCUUUUCUCCAGAGCUUGCUCCUUCGACGACAACCCGUACGCAUACCACGUCUACAGACCGAACUCCUCGUACAACCGGUCGAUCUCGAUUGAGUGAUUUCGGUUCCCUAGGUACCGCAUUGCACUCUGGUACUGUAGAUGGUGAUCUGGAUGCAGAACACGAUGACUUGCUGGAUGAAGAUGGCACUGAGCUAGAUAGUCUUGACGAUGGGCUACACGCUUUUCGCGAACCUACUGCCUGUGAGCCCGCAACAGAUGAGCCACAAUUACACCACAGUGACCCCGCGCUGCUCCCUACACACGAUGGUCUUGGAACUUUUACCGCAGUGAACUUACAUGUUCAAGAGCAGUUGUGGCAGCAUGAGCAGUUUAACCCUCGAAGAAGAGGGGAAACAAGGCCCCGGCGGAGAUCAAGUGUCCAGCGACAUCUGGACUCUGUUGAUGAAGUGGAAAAUCAGGAUAUGGAAAGGGAGAGAUGGCAACGCAUCGAGCAAUGGCGUAUGGAGCAGAGUAGGGCACUGUUGCAGGAAAUAGAAAGGGAAACAAGACGAAGACGAUAUAGUCGGGCGAACCGGUUGAGUCGUGCUACCCAAGGCUCUGCUCGGCAGCCUUCGAGCGUUGCUGUCGAGAGCACCCCGGAAAUCCAGCCUGUUGCUGAUGAAGCUACUCCGCGCCCUUCUCCUGAAGGAUCUCAGAAAGGCUCCGAAGAGGAAGAAUCGUUCUGGAGACGGAUCACACGUAAGGUGAUUCGAGAUUUAAUUGGUAUUGAUAAUUCCAUACUUGCUGUAAUCUUCGGUGAAGCUCUUGCUGAAGGCUCCGAAGAAGAAAACAAGCAACGGCAAUCUGAAGACCCGCAUAACCAGCAAAGCGAAUCAACAGCCGCCGCUUCGAAAUCUAGCAUUCGGGUAGAGAGCGAAAGGCCCAAGGUCCUUGAUGAUAUGUUGAAGAAUGCGACCUCAACUUCGUCAGGUGACAAUAUCUGGCAACAAAGACUUUUGGACCGCAUUGCGAGAGAGCUGGGUAUCUUGGUCCAUCAACUUUGCGAACACCCCGGCGCUUUCACGACAUAUGUAAGACCAGGUUCAUCGACGUCCAGUGAUUUUGCUGGCAAACUGGCCUCCAGAGCGUCAUCAUUACCUUCUCAACGGAGACCUAUUCCAUCGAGGGCCGCAUCCUACGGUAGUGGUAAUAAUGGUACUUCAGAAAUAUCUCCAAUCUUUAAUCCAACCCUUCAGGACAAUACCGGGCCCAAUCACGCUUCUCUAUGGGGCAUCGAGGAGGAAGAGUCUCUCUCAGCCAACGAAAUACGACCAUCUACGAAUAAUAAUUUGGCAGGACACUUGAGACCACCUUUUCCACAACCAGAGCAAGACAUCGAGUAUUGGGAGCGCGAGCUAGACAUCGGAGAGGUAUUUCGCUACCUUUGCAAAGGUCUUGCUGGCAAGGUCCCCUUCUCGAAUGACGGCACUAGCACUCCCAAACCUCUAUCCCCAAAUGGACAGGGAGACCACGGUGCAUCUAAUCGCGCAGCUAUAAUAAGACAUCAUCAUCCCCUAGUGGCACGAGCAGACGCACAUGCUCGUUCGAAUCGACCACCUCUAAGACACUGGCAGACCAGUUCUUCCGGCACUGGUCUUCGUGCUAGCAGGAUUGAUACCCCUGCUACUACUUCUCAUCAUGCCAGCUCUUCAUCCACGCCAAUUCUCUUUCGGCAUUUUCGUCGCCCUAGCUCAAGCUGUGCUAGCCAGAGCACUCUUGUUUCUUCCACAAAAGGCCCGCUCGGGAGCGGGUCUAGCAGACAUUAUUGGGAUAUCGGUGGUAGUGUAGGCAGCGGGAGUGCUAUUGUGACCGUCGGUGGUGCUAGUGGGAUGGGAAGCUGGGGAGAUGUUUGAUCUCAAGCGCAUCUUCUUGGGACUGUUUGUAUUGUUAUUAUGCCCUCUUUUGAUUACGAUGUGACAUGGCAGUGGCCGAUAGACCACGAGCGAUGAUAUUUGGGUUCUUGGAUGUGGGUGGCCCAACAUUGAGCUCAGAAAAUACACCUAAUAAAUCUAGAGAUGGAUGCUGCCUUUUGUAUAGGCAGCUACUGCAGUUGCUAUUUUGAUAUAUUUUGAAACCCACCUAAAGCUUCCCCCCAUCAUGUACUUUUCGUCCAGGGAUCUCCAAUCUGUUGAAA